AUAUUAAUAAACAAGUAUGGUCGCCCCCUAUUGGGAUGUACUAUUAAACCAAAAUUGGGGUUAUCCGCGAAGAAUUACGGUAGAGCAGUUUAUGAAUGUCUUCGCGGUGGACUUGAUUUUACCAAAGAUGAUGAAAAUGUGAAUUCUCAACCAUUUAUGUGUUGGAGAGACCGUUUCUUAUUUUGUGCCGAAGCAAUUUUUAAAUCCCAGGCCGAAACUGGUGAAAUCAAAGGGCAUUACUUGAACGCUACUGCAGGUACAUGCGAAGAAAUGAUAAAAAGAGCUGUAUUUGCUAGAGAAUUGGGCGCUCCUAUCGUAAUGCACGAUUACUUAACAGGGGGAUUCACUGCAAAUACUAGUUUGGCUCAUUAUUGCCGGGAUAAUGGACUACUUCUUCAUAUCCAUCGUGCAAUGCACGCAGUUAUCGAUAGACAGAAGAAUCAUGGUAUGCACUUUCGUGUACUAGCUAAAGCGUUACGUUUGUCUGGUGGAGAUCAUAUUCACGCCGGUACCGUAGUAGGUAAACUUGAAGGAGAAAGAGAUAUUACUUUAGGUUUUGUUGAUUUAUUACGUGAUGAUUUUAUUGAAAAAGAUCGAAGCCGUGGGAUUUAUUUCACUCAGGAUUGGGUUUCUCUACCAGGUGUUCUUCCCGUUGCUUCGGGGGAUAUUCACGUUUGGCAUAUGCCUGCUCUGACCGAGAUCUUUGGAGAUGAUUCCGUACUCCAAUUCGGUGGUGGAACCUUAGGGCAUCCUUGGGGAAAUGCACCAGGUGCCGUAGCUAAUCGAGUAGCUCUCGAAGCAUGUGUACAGGCUCGGAAUGAGGGUCGUGAUCUUACUCGUGAGGGUAAUGAAAUCAUCCGUGAGGCGAGCAAAUGGAGUCCUGAAUUAGCUGCUGCUUGUGAAGUAUGGAAGGCGAUCAAAUUUGAAUUCCCAGCAAUGGAUACUUUGUAAUCCGGUGGUUACUGUUCGUUCUAGAUAAUUGCAAUUAAAC